CCCGGCAAAAAUCCCAAUCCCAAGCUCCCAAAUCCCCUGUAUUUUUAGGGUUCUUGGAUUGUGGGGGUAAAUUCGUCCUCUCCACGGCUGCUGGAUCUCUUGGCUAGCUACAUUCUUCCACUUCCUGUGACGAUCACGAGGUUUCUUCCAGUACGCAUGGAUUGAUUUAAGCGCUCUUCUUAGCAUCUGAGGAUUAAUGGAUGCCGCGACAAGGCGCGGUCCAAGGUCACUGUCGCUCAGAAAGAAAGAGGGAAGAACACUCGCAGGCAGGCCUCUUGCGCGCUAUCUCAUUCAUGAUCUCAACGUGGUGACAAGCAGCGAGAAACCGAGCUAGAUCGAAAAAGCUCUCUGGCAUGGACCACGAGGAGACAACAUCACCACCACCACUAUGGGACUACUGACGAUCCACUCGGCAAACUUAUCGCACCAGUGCCUGGCAGCUGCUGCUCCGACCCAUCUUCCAGCGACUUUGCUGCUGGAGGAGGAGGAUAAUGUCCAGCAGCGGUAGCAGCAAGCUCAAGAAAUCCUCCAGCCACCAGUCCUUCAAGUCCUACUUGAAUCCUCUCGGUGGCUCUCUAGACAAGGAGAAGUCUUCCAAGUCGUCUGGCGGCCAUGGAGUCCUCGUCGACUGCGGUGGCGGUGGUGGCUCGGCUCUUCCAAUGCACCUUUGCCACAGCUCCUCGGUGCAGCGCAACGUUAUCGACGUUCUCAAGGAGAAUGCCUUCCGUUCUUCGUCCUCUCCAGCGCUGCGCAAGAGUCGAAGCCAGAGGCACCACUCCUUCGAUUCCAUCGUCUCCAAGUCGGAGCCACUUUGCGAGCUCAACCGGGGCCCCUUGAGCGCGUCCAAGAAGCACAACAGGAGCAACAAUGCCGGGGAUUUGAGCUCGAGCAACAAGAACAAGUCUGGCGAGCUUUCAGGCGAGACUCCGCUGUUUUGUGCCACUCCAAAUCACCGGCUUUAUGUCUGGGACGAAGAAGCUGCUCCUGCCUCUGCGUGGUCGACUCUUGGCAACAGAGUUUUGCUCCUCAAGCCUUUGCCUGUGGAUGUGGGGAAGUGUCGAUGCUACAUUGUUCGAGAGCAUCGAGAUGGUCCCUCGGUUUACUCGCUCUACACAGAUGAGGGCCAAGGUCGACAGGAUCGUUUGCUGGCUGUUGCUCGUCACAGACGACGGGUCGGGCGCUCGGAGUUUUUGAUCGCUCAAAGCACCAUCGGAACGGUGCUACAGUCGCAAGACGAAGGAUAUUUGGGAAACCUGGGAGCGAACCUUGUUGGAUCGCGGUACCAACUUUGGGAACAGGGGGAUUUUUUAAGUGCUCGACAGAAGGUGCUUCAGGGCGUUGUGACGUUCGAGCCGACAGUCACGACGCUCACGGGCGACUCCAGAAAAUUGAAGGCUUUUAUCCCGAAGUAUCAGUCGAUUCAAACAAAUGGUUCUAGUAUUCAGUUUAAUUUCGGUUUAGGAAAGGACUGGGAGGAAAACAUGAGCAAUGUCAAGGAGCUCGUAUCUAAAACACCUCGUUACAACAAUCUUUUAAAAAGAUAUGAACUCGACUUUCGUGAGUCGUCAAAAAUGGGCGCCAAGAUCAAGACCUCGGUUAAAAACUUUCAGCUGACAGUUGAGGACCAAGGUAAGCAAGCUGUUUUGCUACUUGGGAAGCUGAGCAAGUCCACCUAUGUCAUGGAAUACCGAUUUCCAUUGACAGGAUUUCAAGCUUUCGGCAUCUGUUUGGCUUCCAUCGAUUCCAAGCUAUGCUGCACAGUGUAAACCGCGACUCCAAAAACUAUUGACAGCUAAAUCUCCUUC